AUGCUAAGAUUUCACCUCAAAGUUUUCACGGCGACUUCCCUACUCAUACCGAUUUCCCCCAACUUCAGAGUCAGCAAGUUACUCAUCAAGAUUCACAGCAACAUAGAAAUAUUCAGCAGCAAAGUUUGAAAAGUACUGUGUCUAUAUCUCAGCAAAAAGUAGUCAGUCAAAUUGCCCAAUAUUUGAAUGAAAUCGAGAAAGUUCAAAGUCUAGCACCAGAUCUUUUAACAAAAGUUAUUUUAGAUGGCACACCGGGUCUUCCUGUAGCAGGUCUCCAAGAUGGCACUGAUACACCACAGAAUUAUCAAUCUUCACAGCAAAAUUCACAUACCCAGCAGCAGCAUGAAUUCGGUCAUCUGGCAAGUGGAAAACCAGGACUUUCCAUAACGACUUUUCAACCAAAUCUUCUGGUCAAUCAGGCCAAUCAGCAGUACCAAAACUCUCAGCAAUACUCGCAAGACUCAGAAGGAUAUGUUUCGAAUCAAAAUGGCCUCAUUCGAGAUCAAAAUAACAAACGCCCCUUUCAAGGUGACACAGAAAUAUUAACAAAUAUACCUGGAAUUGGGAGUAUUACUACUACAGGUAAACUCUCUGUCAUCGAUUUCACAACUUCCAAAACUACCACCUGUAUCAGUUUCUGAUAACAUCAUCCAUGUAGGAGGUAAACAUCCCAUGGACAUACCUAUCAAAGAUAAAUUUCCAGGAAUGGUUGAUGGUUUACCAGAUGGAGUAGAGGAAACAGACGUAAAGAACAUUCUUUACAAAUUUAAAUAUACUGUCGGUUUCCAUGGACACUACGAGAAGGGAUUGAAGAACGGCACCAAAAUUGGUGGGUACUUCGUUAAUGGAAGAGAUGGAGUAAGUAGGGUAGUUACUUACAUAGCAGACGAAAAUGGGUAUAGGCCGAAAUUCAAGUUCAUCAAUUUAGGAUUGGACUCUCCUGAUACACCUAAGGAAGACACGGAGAAAACUUUUGGGCUCAAAAGCUUUGAAUUCGUUUGGUAUCCAAUUGAGUGAAUAAUGUUUUGGAUUUUUUCUGAAUCGAAGUAUAUGAAAUGAUUUUUUUGUUUAUGUACAUAUCCGAAAAAUAUAUUAUAGAUUUAAAGUAUUUCAUAAAUUCCAGGUUGAAUUAAUAAAACUGAGACUGGAGUA